GUCCAUCCUGCACACACGCCAGUGGCACUGUCCUGUCGAGCAAUCGGCGCACUCGGACCAACUUCGACUCUAUCCUUUUUCGGAAACAUCACUCAAGUCACUUUUUUUUUCGUCUUUCUCCAGCUUUCUAGACAUUCUUCCACGGUGUGACCACAGAAGCAUUUGCAGCUGGACUCGGACCUAUUUCGGAGCUGAUGUCGACAAAGCCAAAAGCGAAGGAAACCAGGGAUUUGACUGCACUCCAACUGGCCCGGCUUCUGCCCGGGACACAACUGCGCAGUGUUCUCUGCAAUUUAUGUUGCUUUGAUUCUGCCAGCUCCGCAUAACGAUGACCGGCAAAGAGUGGGACAGACUUUGGCUUGCGCACGAUAAACAUAGAUAAUAUUUCACUCAAGUAUCUGGUGCCGCAGGCCUGGGCUUUUUGACUCAUUUAGAUCACAUGUUUUCAAAACUUGGGGUAAGUGUAAGAGUUGAGGUGAACUGAAGUCUCACUUGGCAAAUAGUUUCAGCUUUAACUGAACAUUUUUUUCCCCGAGCUUGGUAAACAUGAAUCUCCAGGAAAAGCUCUCUGGCCUGAAAGGUCUGGUGACGCACUCGCACAGCAAGCGGCGUUUUAAAGCCGACCUGACGGCGGACAUGAUCAGCCCGCCGCUGGGCGACUUUCGCCAUACCAUGCACGUGGGCCGCGGCGGCGAGGUGUUCGGGGACACCUCCUUCCUCAGCAACCACGGCGGCUCCGCCAACGGCGGCAACGGGGAAACGGACUCGGUGUCCGGCCCCGACAACAAAAUCGGGGCCUUUUUCUCCAGGACACUCCGACAAAUCAGGAGGGGCUCCGAUAACAGAAUCAGAGAAGGCUCCAAGGAUGCGUCACUGCCUCCCCCGGCCGUGUCUCCCAUCAUCAAGAAUGCCGUCUCCCUUCCAAGGCUGGACGUGGACAUGUAUAAUGGGAGCCCCACCACAAAGAUACUUUUCCCCAGUUGUCAAAGCACACCAGGGGAGAGGAAAAGUUCUUACGGUUUGGAGUCCGGCUUCGUCACACUUCCUCGUCUGUCCCGCUCCGAGCGUCAGCAGCCGUCCGUCUCCGAGCCGGCCCCUUACUCGGCCAACGUGCACCGCGGCUCUCUGAGCGACCCCGACGACGCCAUCUUGACCACCCGCUCUACCGCCGUUGUGACCUCUGACCCCAAGCCAAGCGCCUUCUCCAGCUCGUUCGCUUCCCUCACCUCCCUGGAUACCUUCAGUUUCGACCUGGGCCCCUCCCUCAUGAGCGAGGUGUUCGGCUUACUGGACGGAGACAGUCACACCUGGGAGAGAGACGAGACGGGGUCGCCGUGGGGUCUCGCCAACGAAGGAUCCGAGAAGGACUCGGCUACUAUCUCUUACGUGGACUCCCUGCUGAGGGAGGAUUGCGCGGGCGGGAAGAGUCCGCAGGGGGCGGAAUGGGACGACGACGAUGGAAGUGCGAAUGAAAUGAACGAAAUCGCCGUGUCCGGGAAAUUACCUGACACGCUGAGGGGAGGCUCGCUUGAGCGAGCGAGGUUAGCGGUGAGGAUGGAGAGCGAGCGCUUCCAGAGUGCCGCCGAUGUGCUCGCACGCCAUUACGGCGUUCACGACCGGAUGGAGACUGUGGAUUCGGAGAGGAUGAAGAAGAUAUCCUAUAGCUACGCAGACGAUGACGAUGAUGAAAUCAAAGUCUGAGCUGUUUGAACAUGAAACUCAUUACCGGAUAUACUCUUUGAUUCCUCUGUAAUUGUAAUCCAAUAACCAAAUCGGCAGCAAUGACUUUUAGACUGCAAAUGGAGGAUAUUAUUUUUAACAUGAAUGCUGGAGGGGUUUUUUUUCCACUAACGGCGCCAAGAUUUUUGCUGCAAAUGCAACAACAUUAAGGACCGACAUAUUUUCAAUGUCCACAAAGUUCAGGAUAUUGGGCUAAACCUAAAAUGGCCUCCCUGAAACUCACAGAUUCACUGCUCACGUGCUCAGGCUGACAAAAUAAAAGCAUUACUUUGGCGCCAUCUUCUGAUGGCUUAGUGUCAAGGAACUAUGUCGCACUUGAUUAAGUAGCUCAAUUUAGACAAAAAGUGGUGCUAUAGCACCAUUUGGUGGCAAGUUGAAAAUUUUCAUCUGAACAAAAGUCGUGCUUAUCUACCGUCUUGUAGCAUCAAUAGGGAAAUAUAAACUUUUUUUGUUCACUACUACUGAAUUUGACCUUCACGCCUGGUAUUGUGCAUUCAAAAGCUCAGAGAAGCUCAAAGUAAAUUCACCCGAAAGCCCAAUAACCUAAACAUUUUGUGAUGACUGUCUUGAUGAGGCUCAAAAAAAAAAAAAAAACACUCCCCUACCGAAGAUUAAGAAAGAGAGGAAACACUAACGUUACUCAACAAAGAAGUCCUGCCAUUCACUUUAUACUCACUACUUCUUCGCACGGGAGGAGGACAUUCUAAGAGUAUUCUAAUGUGCUCGCUCUCAACAGCGGACACGGAUACAAACGAAACGUUUCUGGAGGUCGGUUUGCAGUCUACAUGCGUCUCGGGCUGAACUACUGUUCAGAACAUUGCGAGUCAUUUUAUUGAAGACUUACCUUGACGUGAAGGGGAAGCCUCAAAAUCGUUCAUGAUAUUUUUUACAGUGUUUUAACACAAAUUGAGUAACACGACAAUGACGCCAGUGUUUGGUGUUAUCAACUACAGUACAGGCUGUACUAUGUAAUUGUUCCUUUAAUGCUGCAGACUUUUUGUAUCAACUCUGUGCACCUCUAAACGAGGAACUAUGUUUCGAACAGACGCAUUGUAAUGUCAAGGCCUACAAAUGUACAUGAAAAUAUCAGCCCAAUAAACGUGUACUCAUAAGCACCUUCAGAA